AUGAAGUCCAUAACGGCUCUUGCGCUCCUCGUGUCUGCCGCGCAGGCGGCGCCGCAUUACACCUUCCCCCACCUCGACGGCACGGCCGACUGGUCGUCGGUGCGCCAGACGGCCAACUUCCAGAGCAACGGGCCCGUGACCGACGUCUCGUCCGAGGCGAUCCGGUGCUACGAGAACGCCGGUGUCACUGGCGCGCCGGACACUACCACGGUCGCGGCUGGGGGGUCGGUCACUUUCGUCGCGGCGCCUAGUAUUUACCACCCGGGCGCUUUAUCGGCUUAUAUGGCCAAGGUCCCCAGCGGCAGCACGGCCGCUACCUGGGACGGCAGCGGGAGUGUUUGGUUCAAGGUGUUCCAGGACAUGCCGAGUGUGGCGGACGGGCAAUAUACCUGGCCUUCCAAUGGCAAGUCCGAACUAGCCUUCACAGUCCCUUCGUGCCUCGCCGAGGGCGACUACCUAUUCCGCAUCGAGCACGUGGCCCUGCACAGCGCCAGCAGCGCCGGCGGCGCCCAGUUUUACAUCUCGUGCGCGCAACUCCACGUCACCGGAGGUUCGGGCUCCAAGACGCCGAGUGGACUGGUGGCAUUUCCUGGGGCUUACAGCGCUACUGACCCGGGGAUUCUGAUCAAUAUCUAUAAUAAUGGGGGCAAGGCUUAUCAGCCUGCUGGGCCGGCGGUGUUUAGUUGCUAG